AGUGAUGAGUUUAUGUUAUAAAGUGCUAUAAAACAUGAAUUUAAAUUAAAAGCAGCUCAGUAGAUUGAAGAUAAAACAUUUGAAUAGUUCAGAUUGUGAGAAGGAAUUGAAGUUGAAUUACAAAAGUUUGUGAAAUUAUUCAAAAGAGAAAGUUUCAAAAUUCAACUCAAAGGUAAAGCAAAUCACCAAAUUAUCAUCAAGGAACCUUCAAAAUCAUCUGUUGUAGUCAACAAUCAAUCAAAAUCAUCAAAUUUAAUCCUCAAAAAUCAUCAAAACACACCAAAAAUGUUCCCAACAAUCUCAAAAGUCAUCAAAUCCAACAUCCCACAUUCACUUCCAACAGUGUCAACUUCAAGCUUGUCAAAAAUUGCAUUCAUCGUUCUCAAUGUCAUCACUGGAUUCAUCGCAGCCACAACAUUCUUCAUCACAGGUGGAAUCCAAAAACAUUUUAGUCAAUUGGAACCGACAAUAUCCACAGAUUAUGAAUAUUAUUUGCAAGUCGCUAUCAUCCUUGCCUUUGUGACUGUCAUUUUGACGAUUUAUGGAUGUCACUGUGCUGAUAUUCAAUCGACAGCAGCAACAACUGCUUAUUUGGUGCUCACAUCAAUCACAUUUGUUGGAUAUUUGCUGUUCAUCACAUACUUUUUGAUGUUUAAGGAACAUAUUGGAGCUGUUGUGAAUGAGAAUUUUGGUAAUAUGAAGGAAUUCGAGAGACGUGAUGUCGAGGGAUGGCUUGGAUGUGAAGGUGAUGAGUGUAAAGAUGCUGUUAUGAUGACUGUUUAUGCUUAUCUUCAACAAUUGGUCGUGAUUUGCUGUAUUAUCGUUGGAUGUCAGUUUUUCUUUCAAGUUUGCAACACAAUUUGUGCAAUUGUUGCAUUUGCUGCCUUCGGUUACUGCCUGUACGACCUCUACAGUGUCCGCAAUGGUCCAUACGCAUCCUUUGUAUUUCCAGUCACUCUAAUUUCAAUAUUUGGAGCCACGGCAGCAGUUAAUCUGAUUGGAACUCUCGGUGUGAUUUUAAAGUCUGUGAAAGUCAUGAGAUUCUUUCAUUUUCUUUUGUGGAUGGCACUUGGAGCUUUAGUUGUGGCUUUGCUGUACUUUUUGAUGCCAAUGAGGGAGUGUAAAGGUGACUUUGUUGUUAGGAUGUAUCGUGAGAGAGUUGCGGACUUUAUGUUGAGCUCGUUGGUUAUUGUUGGAUUGCAGCUCAUAACAUUGCUAGCCGGGGUCGAGUUCACAUUAGUCCUCAUAAAUGAGUUUCAUGAAUCUGAACUGUGCGCCGUUGGAACUUUCUGUGGAGUCAGCGAAGAAACUCUCGAUAGAUAUAAUUAA